AGUUCUAACACCCAAGUCGCUACUUCUUUCAGUACUAGUUUGUUGUUUGAUCGAAAUUGUUUGAAAAUGUCAGUUCCAUCACCUCUCGUCUUGGCUAGCGUGCUCAUCUUCUUACUGGCCUUCAACGUGUGCGGUGUUCUUGCUCAAGAUCGUACGUGUUCCUAUCAUGACAGACCACACCCCCGUGGUCUGUGUGGCUCAAAACUCGCGGACACUGUCCAGCUUCUCUGUGACUACCGUGGACAGCGGUCUAAAAGAGACGCUGAGAAAGAGGGAGAUGAUAAGUUUGACGUCAUGACCUUGACCAAGAAGAGCGCCUUGACCUACCUGGGCAAGAGACAAAGUACGGCCAACAUUGUGUGUGAGUGCUGCUAUAACCAGUGUUCAAUCAACGAAAUAAUGGCCUACUGUUAAGUCAUCGACACACUAGAAGAUGUGGCAGCAAACUAGCCAACUAAAUUUUUAGUCAUAAAAUAAUUUAAAAAGAAAACCCCCAUAAACUUUUAAGAUUGUCGUUUGUCAUUGCUAAUAAAUUAAAAUGAUUAUUUUUAUAUGCUAGGCUUGGUUUUUUUUCCCCACUAUAAUAUGCUUGUUAAAUUAUGCCCUAUAUUGUCCAAAAUAUCUCAGUUGUAUGUUUUUAGGAAAUAAAUCGAUUGUUGAAGUUUUGAGAAAUUAAAACUCGUGAACAUUUUAACA